GACCUCCCUGGUCUGAGCGGGUGCCUGCGCAGGGUGAACGACAGCAUCCUGUUCGUCAACGAGGCGGACGUGCGGGAGGUGACGCACAGCGCGGCCGUGGAGGCGCUAAAGGAGGCCGGCGCCGUCGUCCGCCUCUACGUCAUGCGCCGCAAGGCCCUGGCCGAGAAGGUGGUGGAGGUCAAGCUCAUCAAGGGGCCCAAAGGGCUGGGGUUCAGCAUCGCGGGGGGCGUGGGGAACCAGCACAUCCCAGGGGACAACAGCAUCUACGUCACCAAAGUCAUCGAGGGCGGCGCCGCGCACAAGGACGGGCGGCUGCAGAUCGGGGACAAGAUCCUGGCCGUGAACAACGUCAGCCUGGAGGACGUGAUGCACGAGGACGCGGUGGCGGCGCUGAAGAACACCUACGACGUUGUCUACUUGCGGGUGGCCAAGCCGGCCGCCACCUUCCUUGGGGACGCCUUCGCCCCCCCCGACGUCACCAGCUCCUACUCGGCGCACCUGGACGCGGAUCUGGGUCCCCAGAGCUACCUGGGCCCCGAGUUCCCCCCGGCCAUGACCCCCACGUCCCCCCGGCGCUACUCCCCUGGCCCCAAGGACCUGCUGGCCGAGGACGACGUCCCCAGGGAGCCGCGGCGCAUCGUGAUCCACCGGGGCUCGACGGGGCUGGGCUUCAACAUCGUGGGCGGGGAGGACGGCGAGGGCAUCUUCAUCUCCUUCAUCCUCGCCGGGGGCCCGGCCGACCUCAGCGGGGAGCUGCGCAAGGGCGACCAGAUCCUCUCUGUGAACGGGGUGGACCUGCGCAGCGCCACGCACGAGCAGGCGGCGGUGGCACUGAAGAAUGCCGGCCAGACCGUCACCAUCAUCGCCCAGUACAAGCCUGAGGAGUACAGCCGCUUCGAGGCCAAGAUCCACGACCUGCGGGAGCAGCUGCUGGGCAACACGACGCGGCCCAAGCGGGAGUACGAGGUGGACGGGCGCGAUUACCACUUUGUGGCCUCGCGGGAGCGGAUGGAGAAGGACAUCCAGGGCCACAAGUUCAUCGAGGCCGGGCAGUACAACAGCCACCUCUACGGCACCAGCGUCCAGUCCGUGCGCGAGGUGGCCGAGCAG